AUGCAGAAAAGUGGACUCUCUUUUCCAGUAAGAGUGUCUCCAGAGGUGCGCGACGCCAUUGCAUCCAACAAACCGGUUGUGGCCUUGGAAUCCACCAUCAUCUCCCAUGGUCUUCCCUUCCCCCAAAACGUUGAUAUGGCUUUAUCGGUUGAGAAAUUGAUCAGAGACAACGGCGCUAUUCCUGCCACGUGUGCGUUUCUUGACGGGGUACCGUGUGUCGGCUUGAAUGAAAGUGAGGUGCAACAGCUCGGAGAAGCCCAGAAGGUCAACAAGGUUUCGCGCAGAGACGUGGCUGUUACAAUGGCCAAUGGCUUAAACGGUGGUACCACCAUUGCCACCACCAUGAUCUUGGCGGAAUUGGCAGGCAUCAAAGUAUUUGCUACCGGUGGCUUGGGCGGCGUGCACCGAGGCGCGGAGAUCACCAUGGAUAUCAGUGCCGAUUUGGACGAAUUUGCCAGAACAGCCGUGGCUGUCGUGUGUUCCGGACCGAAGUCCAUCUUGGAUAUUGAAAAAACCAUGGAAUAUUUGGAAACAAAAGGGGUAUUGGUGUCUACGAUGGGCAAGGAGGGCACCAACGUCCCAGGCUUCUUCGUCACUGACAGUGGGAUCAAAUCACCAUACAACUUCCAAUCUGUUGCGCAGGCUGCUUCCAUAAUCCACUACUCCGAACUUAUGAGAUUGAACUCGGGGCAGAUUUUCUGCGUUCCUCCCCCAGCGGAGAUUGCAUUGGACAACUCGAUAAACGCAGUCAUCGACGCGGCCGUCAAAGAAGCAUUGAGUCUUGGAAUUAAGGGUAAGGACAUCACGCCGUUCUUGUUGAGCACGGUCGCCAAAAAGAGUGGGGGCAAGAGUGUCAAGACCAAUAUUGAGUUUGUCAAGAACAACGCCAUUGUUGCCGCGGGUAUCGCCAAGGAGGUUGCCAGCUUACGAGGUGAGACGAUUUCUGAAAUGACAUUUACCCCUUCGACUAAUUUUUCAACCACCCUCACCAAAGAAAACGCCAUCAAUGCCAAACCUUCAAAACUAGAGAAAAAGUCGAUAAAGUCCCUCGUAAUUGGGUCUUUAGCCCAGGAUACCAUUUCUGCGUUGCUGACUGACAACUCGGGUGACUCUAAUCCCGGUUCCAUUACCACCUCGGUUGGGGGCGUCGGCCACAAUGUUGCUCUUGCGGCCAGUUUCGCCUCUCGAAAGUACGCAAAGAAAGGCAGAGAUGAAAUCCGCCUUGUUAGCAUUGUGGGCCAGGAUGCGGUUGGAAUGUCGUUACUCCAAAGUUUAACCGCCGAGGGCCUUGAUAACUCCGGUGUCUACGUGUCUAGCAAACCAGAUCAAAGGACGGCACAGUAUGUUUCGAUGCAUAAGGACUCUGGAGAGUUGAUUGUUGCCUGUGCUGACAUGUCGAUUAUUGAAAAGAUUCCCGUGAAGCAUUUGAGAGAGCAGAUUGUGAAGUCGCAGCCCAAAUGGCUUCUUUUCGACGCCAAUCUCAGCGAGGAUACUAUGAAUGAGUUAAUCCUGGCCACUAGGGACAUUAAUAUAGGUGUUGUUUUUGAGCCAACCAGUUCUGAGAAGUGCAAAAGACUAGCGAAGCUGGAAUUGGGGGUGUUUCCGCUGCAUUCUGUGAACUUGAGUACCCCAACGUAUGGUGAGCUUGCAAACAUGCACGCAGCUAUGAAAGAGCAGGGGAAGUUUGAUGACCUUGAGAGAUGGUUUCCGGUCCUAGAUGCCCUAGGAGUCAAUUCUCAGUUUAGAGAAGUGUUAACACUGAUGGGGCAUGGAAACACCUCGUUACGUAAGGCGUUGAAGUUGGGAAUCAUCCAGCAAGCCUUGUCGAUCCUUCCCUAUAUCCCCAGCUUGGCCGUGAAAAAUGGGGCUGAUGGGGUCUUAAUGAUCAAUAUCACUCAGAAUGCCGACAUAUACGAAUCUCAUGUUAACAGGUUUCCCCAUGAUGGAAACGAUCAGGAGACGUACAAGCCAUCCUUCACUGCUGUGUCCAAGGGCACGUUGCUCGAUGGAGGGGGCAGGAUGGGCGUUUUAGUGCAGCACUUUCCUAUUCCAAAAUCAGUAGAGAACAUCAAAAAUGUCACCGGUGCUGGUGAUUCGCUCAUGGGAGUUAUUAUGGCUGAGUUGGGCAACAGCUCAGGGGAUACGGUUUCUUCUGGAUGGUUGUACGAAUCGAACGCGGAACGAAGUCAGGUUCUCUGGAGGGGAAUGCGCGCCGCUGGUUUGAGCUUACAGUGUGAUAAUUCCAUCAGCAAGGAUAUUCAAACGUUGGAAUAG